ACCUGUACAAGCGUCAACAUGAAAUUCCUCAUUGCAUCAUUGGCUUUGGUCGCCGUGGCUUCGGCCGCCCAACUCGGGGGUGGACAUGAGCACGAACCGGUCGCCAUUCUUCGCCAAUCCCAGGACAUUUCGCCCGAGGGUUCUUACAACUAUGCAUACGAGACGGAAAACGGAAUUAAUGUACAGGAAAGUGGACAACCUGGACCCGUCAACGAGGAGGGUCAACCCGCCGUCGUUGCCCAAGGAAGCUUCCAGUACACCGCACCUGACGGUACCCCAAUCUCGGUCAGCUACGUCGCCGACGAGAAUGGAUUCCAGCCACAGGGAGCUCAUCUCCCAGUUGCGCCACCAGUUCCCGAAGCCAUCCUCCGCUCUCUCGAAUACAACGCGGCCCAUCCCGAGCAAGAUGACUCCCAGUCAUUCAACCGUAAAUUUUAAGGAUCCUCAAGAUUAUUUCCCUCUCGUAAUUGCGUUACGAAAUAAUACUGAAAAAUAAUUUCUCGUGAUGGUACGAAAGGAAGAGUUUCGAUUGUCCAGAACCUCGGCAAACGUACGAGAUCAAAAGACAAAUAUAUUUUUUUACCAAGA